AUGAGUGGUGACAUUUCGGAUCCGUACAUGGUCAAAGGCCAAAAGUUCGACAUUGGCCCGCGGUUCACGGACCUUAGUUAUAUCGGUGAAGGCGCCUAUGGGAUGGUUAUUUCCGCAUUUGAUAAUCAGCGCAAUGAGAUGGUUGCAAUUAAGAGAAUUACACCAUUUGAACACCAAACAUAUUGCCAACGCACCUAUCGGGAAAUUCGGAUCCUUAGCCGUCUAGAUCACGAAAAUAUUAUCCCGCUAUAUGAUGUUUUUACCACUUCAAGCUUUGAAGACAUGAAGGAGGUUUACAUCGUGGAAAAAUACAUGGAAACUGAUCUUUAUAAAUUCUUAAAAGUACAACAGUUGAGUCGCGAACACACUUGUUAUUUCCUCUACCAAAUGCUUCGAGGCUUAAAAUACAUUCAUUCCGCAAACGUCUUGCACCGGGACUUAAAACCAAGUAAUAUUCUUUUGAAUCGAAUGUGUGAUCUAAGGAUAUGCGAUUUCGGGCUUGCACGAAUUGCUGAUCCUCAAUGCGAUCAGGCUGGGCUGCUGACGGAGUACGUGGCCACUCGGUGGUACCGCGCACCGGAAAUUAUGCUCACGUCAAAGGUCUACACCAAAGCCAUCGACCUCUGGUCUGUCGGUUGCAUCUUGGCCGAGAUGUAUAGCAACCGCGUCCUCUUUCCGGGAAAACAUUACAUAGACCAACUGAAGAUGAUUCUCGAGGUCCUCGGCUCACCCCAUCAGGAGGAUAUCAAUUCCAUAAGCAACACAAAGGUGGGUCGGAGUUAA